AUGGGCCAGACUGGUCCGCAGUGGAGCCUGUAUCCACUGCUUGCCAUCAUAGCCUUGUGCGAAUUUUCAUGUGGUGUCGUGCAUUUGCUAUUCUGCUUACCAUUAUACUUUUUGUGCCUUCCGUUAAUAAAUGGAGUGCUUGGACUCUUGGCAUCGUUCCAUGCAAUAUUUUUGAGAUAUCCUAACAGAUGUUCUUUCUAUAUGCAAUUCACGUGCACGUUUACCUCAUUUUGGUUUUUCUUCUCUUCUUUACUGGAAACCUACUGUGUAGGCGAUUUUCAGAACACGAAUCAUGAGGAAGAAGUAAACGAGGGUGUCUGCUAUGGAUUGAAGUAUCGAACGAUUGGAAUGGGUGAAUCGUGUGUGGAUUUCCUUGGUCCGCUUCAGAUGUCGUUUCUCACAAAAAUCGGAUGGGAAGCUAAGGACCGCGAUUCGAUACGAUUUUUCAUCACUGCGUCACUGUCGAUACUGUCUGGUAUUCAUUUAUGUUGUACGACAGCUCUAACAUUUUACAGUGCUACCGAAAUCAAAAUUCGGCUCUACUCAUAUCAUUAUCAGUUAGCUAUUGGUAUAUUAGUCGCAUUUACGGGUAUUUUCCAUUUUAGGUUUUGCUGCACGUUCUUCUUUCUUGGCCUUCCAUUUGCUGUCGGAGUGUACUCAAUGAUUCAAGGUGUGGUGUCAUGGCGGACAAAGUGUCAUGGGUCAGUGUCUCGCGCAAUGAAUGUCGCUGGAGCUGCGUUGGCGCUUCUGAUGCUUGCGGCAGCAGUUUUCGGAAUUUUCUGCUGGUUUAAUCGAAACAAUACACCACAUUCAAUCACACGCCACUGCCAUUGGUUACCGAAAACAGAAGAUUAUUGUCUAAGGGUGAUAUAUUUUUCACAUCCCUAUAUCGAUUGGUCACCAAUUGAGACAGAACGUGAAAUUGCGGUCAUCCAGGUAAGAUCAUUACGGAUUCCAGAUGUUACCGUAACAUGCAUAUUACAGAUAAUCAUCUACAUAUUCCUGUUUGCAUUCUCGUUUCUUCAAUUCGCAUUUUCAAUGAAAUCCGCAUUUACGACUAAAUUGAUUCAAUUGUAUUAUUAG